UCCGUCUUGUCCCCCCUUCCUUCUUCAUGCUCUAUCCAUUGCAAAACUGAGGCAGAGAGAGAGAGAGAUGGCAUCGACGCUGGUACUGGUGGCGGUCUUCGUCCUCGAUUUGGUAGCUUUCGGGCUCGCUGUUGCCGCCGAGCAGCGCAGGAACACUGCUACGACAGCCCGCGAUAAUAGCAACAGGAGAUACUGUCUUUAUGAUUCUGAUAUUGCAACCGGACUUGGUGUUGGAGCCCUGCUGUUCCUUUUGGUUAGUCAUCUUCUUGUAAUGGCAGUGAGCCGUUGCUUAUGCUGUGGCAAGGCUCUCAGGCCCAGUGCUUCCCGAACUUGGGCAAUUGUCUUGUUCAUUACUACCUGGUUUUUCUUUCUCAUAGCUGAGAUCUGCUUGCUUGCUGGUUCCGUGAGGAAUGCCUACCACACCAAGUACAGGACGCUGCUGUCCGAAACUCCCCCAUCAUGUGAAACACUGAGGAAGGGUGUGUUUGGGGCCGGAGCCGCCUUUGUUGUCCUCACGGGCAUAGUCUCUGAGCUCUACUAUGUUAGUUUUUCGAAUGCUAAUGAAGCACCCUCGCCUUAUAGCAGAGACAGUGGCAUUAGGAUGGGAAGUUUAUAGAUAAUAUAGACUGAUUGAUUGCUUAGACAUUUCUUUUUGGGUCCAGCUUUUGUACGUAACCUCUUCUAUAGAUCAUAAAUCGCAGUGACCUCAGGUCCAUGCUUUGUCCUUCCGUAUGUUUCAUGGUUGUUCAUUUGGGUUUCAAUCUUGAUGUUCUUUCUUAUUUGGAUGAUUCGCACCGUACUGAUUGUAACAUUGCACUCUUAAUCAGUUGCGAGCCUUUCCUAAAA